AUGAAUCCAGAACAACAAAUUAACCUUGCGGCUGAUGCCGCCAAAGAUUUAAAAGGUAGUUGUUAUGGCCCUAGCACUGGAGGAGUUCCACCACCCAAGCCAAAUACCGAAAUGAUGCAAACAGGAUCAGUUAAUGCUGAGGGACUGUCCCACAUGGGAAACGUAUCCACUGGUGAUGGUGCCGUGGGGUCACCUCAUACAUCUCAUUAUACUGGUUCCAAUGGGUCUGACGCACCUGAUGAACCCGUUCCAUAUGUAAAUGAGGAAGGAUCUUCAGAAUUUGCAGGUGAUGGUGAAAACGUAGAACCCGCAGAUGAACGCAUAUUACCGCCACCUAAUUUGGAUGAAAUGUUCAGUGAAGACUCCAUUAGAAAAUUGAGAGAAUCCAUUGAAAACUCCCCCUGCUACCAACGUAGAUUAGCUGCCUACAAAGAACAACAGGAAAGACUUGCAAAUAAAACCAUUGAUGUUGAUAUCAGCCCAUCCUCAUCUAUGAUAUCUCCAUUAUACAAGUUACAAUUCUUCGGAAGCUAUGCCAAGGGAAUGAUUAAUUUAAUACAAGAAAACUACAUAGUGAUCUUACUCAUUGGAAUGGUAAUAAUGAACGCUAUCCUUAUGUAUAACUACUGUAAGGGUGUCUCAGGCAACAAAAAAAAAUGCAAGGGAAAAAAACUCAAAAAACAAAUUAAGGAAAAAGCGGAUAAAGCCACAAAAGAAAAGAAUUAA